GAUCGCGAGCGAAGUCGCAGCCGAUCACCUCCCCGCCGAGAUCGCCAAAAUAGUCAGCGUGAGCGACACCCUAGUCAAGAGCGCCAACACCAACCUCGUGAAACUCGAGAUCGCAGUCGCUCCCGCUCUCCCCGUCGUGGUCGGUAUGAGGACUCAGAAAAUACACGACAGAUAAAUGGAUACAAGCGGCGUGAUCCAGACACAGACGGAGGUUCCGGUCGAGGACAACCGGACAGAAGACCAGGUGUCCGGCCAGAUGGCGAUUCACAUAGAGGAGACUCGCACCGAGUGAACAGAGACGUGGAUCGAUCAUACGGCGAUCGAGCCGGCAGAUCACGUCCCAAGAACAAUUUCGGUGGCUUCAGAUACAAGGAGAAAAGCCUCGACGCAGGCCGAGACGAGAAAGACGAUGAUCCUCCAGGACGUUCCUUCAGAGGCUACCGCAAUCGCUCCGCUUCUCCUCGUCGACGCAAUCGACAAGAGAAGCCAAAGGACACCACCAAGCCCCCCAAAAGAGCACCGGCAGCGGGCCCUACGGAAGAGAUCAUUGAAAUAUUCAUCAACAACCGACUGGGCGCGAAGCACAAAAUCUCCUGCAUGCCAUCAGACACUAUCAAAAAUAUCAAGUUGCUCUUUGCAGCAAACACUGGGCAGAAUCCGAACCGAAUGAGGCUUCAGAGACAGGGGCAGAAGGCAUUCAAAGACCAAAUGACGCUGGCUGACUAUGAAAUCAGCAACGGUGUGCAGCUGGAUAUGGAGGUUGGAACA